AUUAUCAGAUUCAUAAAAGCCUUUCAAUUGCCACGGCAAAGCAGAAGGACUGUGAAACCUUUGCUGUUACGGCGCACAUUCUCUCGAGCACCGAUAUCUAUUUUUAUCUUGAAUGGCAGAAAAGAUCAUGGAGGCCGCUUCGAAUGGACCAAGAUUAUCAAAAUGGAAUAUCAUUCAAUAUGGCAUGAUUUGCUGCUAUUCAAUAGGUUUACAUGCCAGCAUCUCGCUUCCGUUCUAUCUGGUGAAAUACUCAGUGACGUAUCUGCUGGCCUAUUACAUCAUGUUACUGUCAUUCUGCGUGCCCAUCUGCUACGUUCAGAUGAAACUUGGUGCUAUCUACCGACAAAACAUUUUUGGCAUUUUCAGUCUGCUGGUCCCUAUCUUGAAAGGUUGUGCUAUAGCUAUUCUCCUCCUUUCCUACAUCAGGUGCUUGACCGGAAGUCUUGAGCUUAGUUAUUGUUUAUACUAUGCCUUUGUAUCCUUCGUAUUCCCGUACGACGAGACCACGCAUCCGAACCACAGGGAAAUGUCUGGUCACCAAAUACCGAUAGUGUUUUUCAAAGAAAAUUUCCUGCAAAUUUCCGAUCGCCUGUCGGAUGGAGGAUAUCUAGUGUGGUACAUAGCUCUGACGCUACUGGUCACGUGGUUUAUUGUAUUCCUAUUCACUGUAAAAGAACCUUCGUUCAUAAGCAAGCUUGCUUGUGUGAUAUCGCCAGUCGCGCUGUCGCUGUUACUGGUAGCUCUCGUGUAUGGCUGGGCGGUUCCUCUUCCUACUGCACCCUCUGAGAAGUACAGCAGAAUGGAGUUCGUUAACGGGACUUGGACAUACCACGAAAGAGAUGUCAACGAAGAAGAAAAAGAGAAGGAUGUUUUUACCUGGAAUAUCUCUCUCAGUAAACUUUAUUCACCACAGCCUUGGAUGGAUGCCCUGCUUCUUCAUAUCUAUUCCUUGGGGCUGUGGUCCGGAAUCAUCCCAACCCUAGGUUCCCAUCUCUACAACAACAAAAACACUAUCCUAAGCGCCAACGUUAUCUUGCUGGUUGUGUACGGGUUUCUGCCAGUGGUGUUUGGUUUUGCAUUCAUCCCGUAUAUUUCAAGUAACUCAAGUUAUGGCAUGUUUCAGUUUGGGGAGCGUCUAAAACCAGGCCUCGAUCUCCUUCUCCUUGGGAUGUUUGGUAAAAUUCGCCAUGCACCAGGUAUUGCGCUGUGUUUGUAUCUUGGCAUCUAUCUCUUUGGAAUGCUUCACGUGGUCUUGCAUCUUGUAGUUGUGUGGGACGCUCUUUUAACUUCGCUCCCUACCUGUCUCCUGCAGUUCUUUCGUCGGAGGUCCGUAUUGGUGGCCAUGUUAUGUUUUCUCUCCUUCAUGUUAUGCAUUCCGUAUUGUUUUCAGAGUGGUGUGUACCUCUAUAUGCUGGUCAAUAGUUACCUCGAUCGUCUCAUCUUCACGGUUGUCAUCGUCAGCAUCGUUCCAUCAGUCAUCGGAUACAUCAAACAAAACCUGAUGUAUCUACUUCUGGAGCGUGCUCUGAUGAGCCUUUGGUAUGGCCUGUCCUCCUUAAUCAUAGCGGCUAUGCUGAUUUACUAUUUCGCUGUUUACGUGUACCCGUUCCCUGCCACCAUUAAUGACCCACAAGCAGAGAGUGCUGCGUCCGAUGACGGACAGUGUCUAGGGUGGUUCAUUGCCAUCGGUCCAGUCGUCUUAGGUUUCAUUGUCGGAGCGUUCCAUGCUGUCUACACCGAAAAAGGAUCUUUCAAAGAACGGUGCAUACGGGCGUUAAAAUCGGACAGUUUACAAACCACAGAAAGCAGCUGCGAGAAUGACGUGUCUGAUCAAACACCGCAGACUACAACUACAAAAUCUAAUAGUGACGGCACAUUGUCCAAAAUAGACACAGAAGUUGUGCUGAAUACAUCAGAAAUGUCUUCUCGUUUAGCUAAAGUUUAAAAAAGUAACUCGCAUAUGUAUAUCCAUUGUAGUCGUUGUCGACAUUGAAGCUCUUUCUCGCUCUUGGUGUUCACUUCCUUGGUACUGCAUACAUUAAUUAAGUUCAUCUUCAUUCGCUGAACAGAUUCCUUUUCAUGGAGGGUUUGUGCUUAAUUAUGUGAUUACACUCCAACUCAUUGUAAUACCAACAUCUAGCUAUAUAUAUAGAUCAGAACUUUUCGUAAGAGAAUCAAGUGUAAAUUCUCUCUCCAGAGGGCGCGUUACGCAAGUAGCGCACGGAACUCUGGGUAGAGAAUGGUGUAAACCCUUGGGUAUAAGCCAGUCGUGAUAGAGAGUGAAUCAAAUUGCCUAUUUUAUCUUAGCACGGGUGUGACCGUGUAGCAUCAGGCAGGACUAAUGACAGGCAGACAUCCCAUUGACCGAAAUGCAGCAAGUCAGGAGUCAGUGACAAUGGUUGUAUCUAUUCUAAAGAGAUAGUAUUUAGAUACCAUUAUGGUGGAAAAAUUUAUCUCAACCCAAUAAUCUUAUUCCUUUCUAAUAUGAUUUACAAAGAUAUUUGAAUGAUGCUUUUCAACUUUGAAAUGAAUGUAUGUUUGUCAAAAGUUACGCUAGGAGCCAAUUUGUACAGCACAUUCCAAGAAGCAAAAAUCCAGGGGAGAUUAUAAUCGGUUUAAAUUCGAAAGUACUUCCAGAUAAAUGCAUAAUUUGUUUUUUAUUUUAUUAUUAUUAUUUACGGAAAAUGACUUGUAUGAGUCCCAGUCGCAGGUUGUACGGGUACUGGUUAAACGAUUGGAACGAUAGUGUAUGUAUAUAUAAUAAAAAUUCUUUACAUUUAA